UUCAUUCCUCCACACCUGGGCCACAGGUGAUAUGAAUGAGCAUUAUUGAGCCAGUCUCCUUCAUUCACCAGUGAUUUUACCAAGUGAGUAAAGGAGAUUGCGGUGUUUCAGUAUAAGGUUACUGAACUGCGUAGUUUUUAUCAUCUCUCAGUGAAAUUGAAAUCAUGAAGGUUACAGACAAUAAUGUGAUUCGGUUUCACCUUCAAGUUAUUUAUGGGAUAACUGUGAAGAGCUCUGAGAAGAAAAAGGAGAGACUGUUCAUCGGUGGUACAAAGCUCUUCGGUGUUCCUCUGGAGAUUUUACCCAGGCAAUACAUUCCUGUGUUUGGACUGGUACCCUGCUUUUUGGUGGAUGCGUGUUCAUUUCUUCUGGAGCGUGCUGGGACUGUAGGCCUGUUCAGAAAGCCAGGCUCUCUUCCUCGCAUUAAGACCAUCAGGGCCAAGCUGAAUAGAGGAGAGGGGUGUCUGUCCACAGCCCUGCCCUACGAUGUUGCAACACUCAUCAAACAGUUUUGCAGGGAGCUGCCAGAGCCUUUGUUCCCCCUUGAGCUCCACGCAGCAUUGCUCAAAGCCCAGUCGCUGUCCAACCUGCAGGACCGAACUUCAGCCCUCCAGCUACUGUCAUGUUUGCUACCUGCCAGAAACUCCUCCUGUCUGCAUUACCUGUUUGACUUCCUCUCUGCAGUCUCCCAGAGAUGUCCAGAAAACUUGAUGACCAGCUCCAAUCUCGCUAUAGUCUUCGCUCCGUGUCUUUUACCGCCUCCCAACAAGGCAGAGAUGUCUGAAGGGCGACUGGAACUCCGAGUUCUCGUCCUACGCACGUUCAUUGAAAAGCCUCAGUUAUUCGGUGUGAUUCCUAAAGCUGUAAUGGACAGUAUGGAGUUUCUGAUGGAUUUCCAUUUUCUGAAAGAUACAAAGAGAGGACACAGAAAAAGACACGGUUUUAAAGUGAUACGUUCUGUGAAGACGAUGCCCUGGGUUCAAGCGAGGUCGAAGGUCGGGCCUCCGGCCUCCGAGCAGAGCCAAGAGUUCACCUCAGGAGACGGACCAUCACUCAGGAGAAGCCUCGGCCUCGAGACUUUCCCCAAUGUCCUGCUGUUUAGGACCUAUAUGCCUCACACAGAACAAGAUUUCAAUCCUGCAACGACUUUGUUGGACAGUCACAACCCCGUUGGCAAAGAUGCAUGCAAGACCCUGCAAGAGAGACUAAAAAGAGAUCUGCGUUUGGUUCAUUUCCCGAGGUUCACCAGAGGACACGAUGCACAAAGCUCUCCUGUGCUCACUGGUGUCGGGAGACUACAGCUCACACUUAGGAGAAAGUGCUUUUCAGCUAAUGUUUUUCUUCGGCAGAUGACAGAAAUGGGCUCGGCGGCGGUUCGGUUAUCGUUGCUCGGCUUCCUCCUGUGCCUGCAUGUCGGCAGAGCUCCAGCCCGCAUCCCCCGCACGGCGGACCAGGUGUCUGAGGCCGACAUCCAGCGGCUCCUGCACGGCGUCAUGGAGCAGCUGGGCAUCGCACGGCCCAGGGUGGAGUAUCCCGCACAUCAGGCCACAAACAUUGUCGGGCCUCAGAGCAUACAGGGUGGUGCUCACGAGGGGCUGCAGCACCUCGGCCCCUUUGGCAACAUCCCCAACAUUGUGGCCGAGCUGACCGGCGACAACGUUCCCAAAGACUUCAGUGAAGAUCACGGCUACCCAGACCCUCCGAACCCCUGUCCCCUGGGAAAGACCGCAGCAGACGGCUGUUUGGAAAACGCUCCGGACACAGCCGAGUUCAGCAGAGAGUUUCAAAAACACCAGCACCUAUUUGACCCAGAGCACGACUACCCAGCCCUGGCGAAGUGGAACAAGGAGCUUUUGUACCAAAAACUGAAGGGAGGACCGAAAAGAAGAAAAAGGAGUGUCAACCCAUAUCUAAUGGGCCAGCGGCUGGACAACGUGGUCGCCAAAAAAUCUGUUCCUCACUUCUCUGAGGAAGAAGAGGAAGAGGCACCGAUCGCCUCUGCUGCCAGCAAAUCCACCACCUAAACUCCUGCGCCUGCAACACUCUCAGAUACGAGUUUGUGCCACUACAUAUUUAAGCAUUGUGGUUAAUAAGCGUUGGAUUUGGGACUUCAGUGCAAGGACUGUGAAAUAAGGAAUAGGCAGAUAUAAUUAGGCAGCUUGAAAAUAGUUCAUGUUUUUUAUUGUAUUGUAAUCAUUAAUUAGCCCAGAUCAUGUCACUAAUUAGGCACAACAUACUGUAUAUCUGUAGCUCUUAUUUUAAACAUACACCUGCCUUUAUUAAAGCAUUAGGAUCCGAGCGCUUGGUCCACAGAAACAUUUUUAGGGCUUUUUCUGGCUCAUGACAGAGAAAAUGCAAAAACUCAUCAGAAAAUCGAAGCUCAAAUUAGAUUGGCCUUUGUGUUAAGAUUUCUUUUGACAGCUGCUGUUUUCAAAGGUCAAGAAUGAACCGUAAUGCUCAAAAAGCCAACUGUCAUUACUCUGCAAUUUGAUUGUAAGCCAAACAUCCGUUCUAGUGUUAAGUAUCUGAUCUGAAUGUUAAAGAUCUUGGCUAUUUAUAGGGAGAGAUGUGAUUCAACUAUUACCCACAAUGCUAAAAUACAACAUGUUAAACUCUUGAGUGGCAGUGUACAGUACAUCUACAACUGUAUUAUAAGAAGUUGUAUAAAGAUUUGUUUUGGAGAAAUGUCAAAUGAGGAAGUUAUUAUUCAUGACUGUACAGAAAUCCAUUUCCACACACUGAAGUUUCUGAAGGUUAAGUUUUCUAUGUCUUGAUAUAACCAGUUAAUCACUGUCUUCAGAAGCAAAUAUUCAAUACAGAUCACAUUCUUGAGAGUUAAUUGUAAACUGUAGCAGCUUUGCUUUGUCAUGUAAGGGAUGAUUGUGAACUGUGUCACUGUAGCAUGGCAAAAAGUGUAGCUCUUAUUUAGAUCCGUAUCUAUUGUCUUCUCCAUACUGCAGUAAUGAGUCUCCACAGGCAGCACUGAAUCUGUCAUGUGUCAAUUUAUCUUGCCAAAAAAAUAUUUUGUUUUUGUUCUGUAAAGUCAAAUAAAUAAUGUAUCUGCAUUGA